AUGGCGAUGGACAUGUCCUACAAGGCCACGCUCCUCCCCCUGUUGUUGAAGGCUUCCGUCCUGUCCUUUGGGACAUACACUCUAAAGUCAGGUCGUAUCUCUCCUUACUUCUUCACAUCUUCACUACUGCACACGUCUUCGCUGCUGGGCGCCCUGGCCAAAGCAUAUGCGUCAGUCUUGACCUCUCCGCCAUUUUCACUGCCGCUUGGGACUGAGGAGGCUGGCUCAUGUGCUGAUGGAUCCUUCUCUCCACACUUCGACAUACUCUUUGGCCCAGCCUACAAGGGAAUUCCCUUGAGUGCAGUUGUAGCCAGAGAGCUAGAAUUCAGCGGCAAGCAAUUCGCUGAUGUGUCCUACUCCUUCAACAGAAAGGAAGCAAAGGACCAUGGUGAGGGCGGAACAAUUGUUGGUGCACCGCUAAAGGGCAAGCGCGUGGUGGUAAUCGACGAUGUCAUGACAGCCGGCACAGCUCUUCGUGAGGCCGUCUCAAUCAUCAAGGCACAGGGUGGCAUUGUCGUCGGUGUCGUCCUUCUACUGACAAGACAAGAACGGGUCAGCGAUGCCGAACCCAGGAGUGCCAUGAAGGUUGCAGAGGAUGAAUUAGGCAUUCCAGUCAGGGCGGUGCUUAAGUUCGAGGACCUGAUCGAAGCGAUUGAGGCCGGCCAAAUUGAGGGUGCCGGCGCCAACGAGCUUGAGCAGAUGAAGGUCUAUCGCCAAAAAUACGGAAGUCAGGACUGA